CCUCUUCCCAUUUGUCCUCCCCCAGUACGCUCCUUCUCUUCUCUUUAAGAUGUCGAAGUCGCCGAAGGAGUCGACGCGCUUCACAGCGACGGGAGUGUGGGCGCACACGCGGCCCGGCGGCAAGGCAACGACGCUGCAAUUCGCAGACCCAGCACCGAAGAACGAGACGCCACAGCAGAAAGUCAAGCGAUUGAGAGAGGCAGCAAACCGCGCCAAGUUGGCGCAGGUCACGCGGUGGGACUAUGCGUAUAUGUACGGCAGGAUGGCCGCGGAUGCGGUACAUAGAUUUACGGUAUACGGCAUUAUUUUUGCCACGGGAUGCAUUGGUGUCCUCGCUGUCUUCUCGAUAGGUGACAUGGUCGUCUACAACCGCCGAAAACGCGCAAUCUUCUUUGAAGACCAGGAACGCGAACAAGCCAAGAUCCUCAGCAUUGCCAGAACCGCCGUCGCAGAGGGCCGCGCGACCCCCGCCCAGGCCGCUCUUGUCGAAGGAAUCGCAGAAGAGGAACGGUUGAUGGAUCUCAAGAAGGCGGAGCGGAAGGCUCCCUCAAAGAUACUUUGGUGGUUGCACGGCGAAUGGAACGAAGACAAGGCGCUGAAGGAGCAGAGGAGGCUUGCUGUUGAGGACUUCCAGAAGAAAGAGAUGCAGGCCGCUGGUCAAGGAAGCGUAACGCAAGCGGUGCAGGCAGCGCAGCAAGCACGGUCCGACAACGCACAACCCGCAGUUGGCGGCCCGCUCGACCAGCAAGCCGCGAAGGCGACCGCAUUCGCGGAGAACACGGUCAAGGGUGCCAGCAGCGGCUGGUUCGGAUGGUUGGGCGGAUCGAAGAAGGAAUAAACCAAGAGCAGGGAAACAAAAGGACGGUAGUCCGUGUAUCAUAUUGAACUCCCGGCAUGUAAAACGCUGUGUCACUACUGUAUUGCAUCAUGGCGUUGGGAAGCUAUAUUUGGUGUAGAUGUCUUGGUUGGGUAUGUUGACGUUCGUGUCCAUAGUCUGCACCUGCUGCGCGAUAUCCAAGAACUCCGUAGUAAAGCAAACGAUUCUGAUCAAAUCAUGUCCCGUUACUGUUCCGCUGAGACGGGAAUGUACGAGCGGCGCUGGCG